AUGCCCCUGAGCAGGUCUCUGUCCCUGAGCUCCCUGAGCGGCCUUCCUCUGUGGGAGGAAGAGGAGUUACCCGUGGAGGAUCUGCUGCUCUUUGAGAUAGCAUGGGAAGUUACCAACAAAGUGGGAGGAAUUUACACCGUCAUCCAGACCAAAGCAAAGAUCACAGUGGAUGAAUGGGGUGAGAACUUUUUCAUGGUCGGCCCUUACUACGAACACAACUUCAAGACACAGGUGGAGAAGUGUGAGCCUCCGAAUGCCGCUGUGAAAGCAGCCAUGGAGUCCAUUACGAACAACGCCUGUCAGGUGCACUUUGGUCGGUGGCUCAUAGAAGGGAGCCCGUAUGUGAUUCUGUUUGAUAUUGGAGCUGCUGCCUGGAACCUGGACCACUGGAAGGGAGACUUGUGGAACACUUGUGGCAUCGGGCUGCCGUACCACGACCGAGAGGCCAAUGACUCGCUCAUCUUCGGCUCACUCGUGGCCUGGUUCUUUAAAGAGUUAACAGAUCAGCUUCAGGACAAGCUCAACGUAAUCGCUCACUUCCACGAGUGGCAGUCGGGAGCCGGCCUCGUGCUCAGCCGUUCCCGUAAGAUUCCCAUGGCCACCAUAUUUACUACACACGCUACACUUCUGGGCCGCUACCUGUGUGCAGGAAACGUGGACUUCUACAACAACCUGGAUAAGUUUGAUAUCGACCGGGAAGCAGGAGAGAGACAGAUCUACCAUCGCUACUGUCUGGAGAGAGCUGCAGUGCACUGCUCGCAUGUUUUCACCACCGUCUCCCAGAUCACAGCGGUGGAGGCCGACCACAUGCUUCACAGGAAACCCGAUGUGGUUACACCAAAUGGUCUGAAUGUAAAAAAGUUUUCGGCAAUGCAUGAGUUUCAGAACCUGCACUCGCUCAACAAACUGAAGAUCCAGGAGUUUGUGAGAGGACACUUCUAUGGACAUAUGGACUUCAAUCUGGAGAAAACGCUUUUCUUCUUCAUCGCAGGCCGGUACGAGUUUUCCAACAAAGGGGCCGAUGUCUUCCUGGAGGCAUUGUCCAGAUUAAAUUACCUGCUUCGGGUCCAUAAGAGUGAUGUGACCGUGGUGGUUUUCUUCAUUAUGCCGGCUAAGACGAAUAACUUCAAUGUGGAAAGUCUGAAAGGGCAAGCCGUGCGCAAGCAGCUGUGGGACACAGCGCAGUCGGUGAAGGAGAAGUUCGGGAAACGCUUGUAUGAAGCCUUGUUAAGGGGUGAGAUCCCAGACAUGAGCAAGAUCUUAGACAAAGAUGACUUCACGAUCAUGAAGAGGGCCAUUUAUGCGACGCAGAGACACACUCUCCCUCCAGUGACCACGCACAACAUGCUGGACGACUCGACGGACCCCAUCCUGAGCAACAUCCGCCGCAUAGGCCUCUUCAACAGCCGCAACGACAGAGUCAAGAUUGUUUUCCACCCCGAGUUCCUGUCCUCCACCAGCCCGCUGCUGCCCAUGGACUACGAGGAGUUCGUCCGCGGCUGCCAUCUCGGAGUGUUUCCCUCGUAUUAUGAACCCUGGGGAUACACACCAGGCGAGUGCACGGUGAUGGGCAUCCCGAGUGUGACGACCAACCUGUCUGGGUUCGGCUGCUUCAUGGAGGAGCACAUAUCAGACCCGACUGCAUACGGGAUUUAUAUCAUGGACCGGCGUUUCCGCUCAGCAGACGAGUCGUGUAAUCAGCUCACUCAGUUCAUGUUCACCUUCUGCCAGCAGUCACGACGGCAGCGUAUCAUUCAGCGCAACCGCACCGAGCGCCUCUCAGACCUGCUGGACUGGAGAUACCUCGGCCAGUUCUACAUGCACGCCAGACACCUGGCCCUCAGCAGAGCGUUUCCUGAACAAUAUAAAAUCGACACACUCACACCUCCACCGACUCAAGGGUUCCGUUACCCCCGACCCCCCUCGAUCCCGCCCUCUCCCUCAGCCUCCCUCCACUCCACCCCACAUCACAGUGAUGCCGAGGAUGAGGAGGAGGAUGAAAACGAGCCCUACGAUGAAGAAGAGGAGGCCGAGAGGGACCGAGUGAACAUUAAGUUGCCCUUCACUCUGGGAGCCGUACCAAAGGGUAAAACGAAGCAACCAGGAGAGUACGGGAAUUAG